AUGGCUCCAAACAUCUUCAUCUGCCUCCGGAACGUCAUCUGCCCACUCUACUGGUUCGACAACGGAGCCCGGGUCCAUGGCCAUCCUACCAAGGAGGAACACUGGGAGUCUCCUGUUCCUGGCACCUACCGCUACAUCCCAGAGCGAGGCUGGCACCUCAUCCGCCGCGACGGCGCUGAAGAGGACGAAUCCGAACCACGUCCCGUUGUCUACUGCCGCAUUGUCCAUCGCUAUCUCUUUGCCUCGGAGAUGGAAAAGCGCUGCCGUUACCACCGCGUCACUCUGAGACAAGGCGACGAACCUUCGAAAUGCCUCUUCUUCCAACUCGAUGACGGUUUCACCUGGGUCAUUGGUUGGGAUUCGCGUGGCAAAUUCAUACCGGGCCCGUACCGCAAGUGGUGCUACGACAAAGAGAAUAUGACUAUGCGCCGAAUGACAUCGGAUGAGGACAGUUCUGCUGCUUCUUCGCCUAUGACGUCGCGUACCAGCAGUGUUGUUUGA